AUGGCCGUUUCCGCGAAUGACAUCCAUAUCCGACACAUCAUGUUAUUUGAUUUUCGCGGUGGAUUAAGUGCUGCUGAGACCGCUCGACAUAUCAAUGGCGUGUAUCCUGAAGUGGUCACCGAUAGGACUGUACGGCGAUGGUUUCAAAGAUUCGGAAGCGGUAACUUUGAUUUGGAAGACAAACAAAGACCCGGUGCAUCACCAAAGAUAUCCGAGGAUAAUCUGGCAAAAAUGAUUGAAGAAAAUCCAAAGUUGACAUGUCAAGAGUUGGCCAACAUAUUUGACUUGCAUUACAACACAGUUUUGAGUCAUUUGCAUUCAAUUGGCAAAAGAUACAGAGCCGGGAAAUGGACACCACAUGAAUUGACACCCGAACAAAAAACAUAUCGUGAUACUGUCUGCGAAUCUUUGCUUUUACGUAACAACAAUUUGGCAUUUCUUGACCGAAUUGUAACUGGUGAUGAGAAGUGGUGUCUAUACAUCAAUGUCACCCGAAAAGGUCAAUGGUUAAGCAAAGGAGAAAAGGCAGUUCCGACUCCAAGAGCAGAUUUGCACCAAAAAAAGGUUAUGCUUUGUGUUUGGUGGAAUAUUAAGGGUAUUGUUCACUGGGAACUGUUGAAUGUUGGCCAAACCGUAAACUCGGACCUCUAUUGUCAACAAUUAGAAAGAGUCAAGUCUUCUCUGACUAAAUUGUGGCCAGCAUUGGUCAACAGAAAAGGUGUUAUCUUUCAUCACGAUAAUGCCAGACCACAUGUCGCAAAUAUUACCCGAGAAAAACUAAAGGAGUUUGGAUGGGAAGUCAUGCUUCACCCACCGUAUAGCCCAGAUAUUGCUCCAACUGAUUACCAUCUGUUUUUGGCUCUUCAAAAUUAUUUGGACGAUAAUCGCUUCCAAAACAAAGAUGAGGUCGAAAAUGCCAUCAAAAUAUUUUUUGCCAAAAAAGAGCAGAAGACAUAUUUGGAAGCCAUUGAAAAGUUACCCACACGUUGGGCAAGAAUUAUCGAAACUGGUGGCGAAUAUUAUGAUAAUUAA